AUGGCACUCCCACGCUGGCCCUACCUCUUCUCCUACUUCAUCGCAACCUGGCUCGUCGGCGUCUGGGCCGUCUGCCAAACCUCCUACGCCCGCACCCUCUGCGAACAAGUCGGCUUUCCGAUUCCCGCCAACGAGCACCCGAGUCCCUACUUCUACCUCUUCGCCAACAAGGAAGGCGUCAUGGGUCUGGUUUUCCUGGCGCUGCAGUUCUUUGGGGAGUGGAAGGCGGUGGGGAUCAUGAUGGCAGUCAUGUGUGUCAACGGAACGGGGGAUGCGUAUCUGAGCACGAGUGUGGGAACGAUGGAUUGGGUGGAGGCUCUUAAGGCGCACAUGGGGGUGACGAUUGUGGCGGGAUGGGCUGCUUGGAGGAUUCUGGAGGAAAAUUGGUAG